AUGUGUUCAUCUGAUUCAAUAUGGAUUGGUGUCUCAGCUGAUAAUCGAUAUGUAUGCGUUUGUCCUAUUAAUAAAUUUGGUGAUCGAUAUCUUCUUGUUGAUAGAAUUUGUCAAAUGAAAAAUAAUUUAACAUGUCAAUAUGGUGGUCAAUGUAUUUCUGCUGAUGAAUAUAUGAUAUCACAUCAAAAAUUUAUAUGUAUUUGUUCAAUAGGUUAUGCUGAUGAUCGAUGUGAAAUAGCUGAGAAUAAAAUAAUUCUAUCAUUUUCAAAUGAUAUUGCUUUAUCUCAAUCGAUAUUUAUUCAUUUCAUAGAAGUCAUUAAUGAUGGUACAUCAAUGAGAACAACUACUUUUCGAACAAUUUCUCUUACACAACAUUUACUUACAAUUUAUUGA